CGGGCUGUGACCUACGCCAACCGGAAGUAGAAGACAAGCGCUCAGGAUCCGGAGAAAGAAAGACCAUCGAGCGCAAGCUGGGCGGCUGGGGCGAACACCUGAAAAACUACUUUGCCUGUAUCAGACCGCUAUGUCUUCAGAUUCCUCCAAGAAGAGAAAGCCAAAAGUUAUUAGAAGCGAGGAAGGAAAGCGAAGCCGUCAUGACGAACAGGAGGGGCGAUAUUACAAUGAGGAGGCAGAGGUGGAUACACGUGAUCCUAGAAAGGAUUACCAACUUUACAAGGAUACCUGUCAGGAUUUACAGAGACUGAUGGCAGAAAUCCAGGAGUUAAAAAGCAAAGGCAGCAAAGAUGGGGCUUUAGAGAUUGAAGAGCGAAAGAUCCAGAGCUGUGUGCACUUUAUGACUCUUAAGAAGCUAAACCGGCUUGCUCACAUCCGGCUCAAGAAAGCACGAGACCAAACUCAUGAGGCCAAGCAGAAGGUUGAUGCCUAUCAUCUUCAGCUGCAGAACCUCCUGUAUGAAGUCAUGCAUCUUCAGAAGGAGAUUACAAAGUGUCUGGAGUUUAAAUCAAAGCAUGAAGAGAUUGAACUGGUGUCUGUGGAGGAAUUUUACAAAGAAGCACCUGCUGAAAUCAGUAAGGCUGAUAUUACCACAAACGACCCACAUCAGCAAACUUUGGCACGUCUAGAUUGGGAGUUGGAGCAACGGAAAAGGUUGGCAGAGAAAUACAAGGAAAGCCUUGCCAGUAAGGAGAAGAUUUUAAAGGAGAUUGAAGUUAAGAAGGAAUAUCUGAACAGUUUGCAGCCCCAACUUAACAGCAUUAUGCAGGCCUCACUGCCCGUCCAGGAAUAUCUGUCCAUGCCGUUUGACUGCAUGCACAAACAAUAUGAAAUUGCACGUCACCUACCUGCACCCCUGUAUGUUCUGUUUGUCCAGGCCAGUGCCUACAGUCAAGCAUGUGACAAGAAGCUUGUGGUCUCCAUUGAAGGGAGUGUGGCAGAAGCAAGAGCUCUGUUUAAACCAACAGAGGAUUCUCAAGAUGAUGAGAGUGAUUCAGAUGCAGAGGAAGAGCAGACAACGAAACGACGCAGGCCAACUCUUGGAGUCCAGUUAGAUGACAAACGAAAGGAGAUGCUUAAAAGACACCCACUGUAUGUCUGCCUAACAAUUAAAUGCAAAGAUGGCAGUUCUCUAAAUCUGGCUUUCUACUUCCUCAUGAAUCUCAACAUCCUCACUGUGAAGGCCAAAAUAUCUUCAGCCUCUGAGCUACAAAGUGCAAUCAGUGCUGGGGAUCUAUUGAACCCAGACUUAAUUCUGAGCUGCCUCUACCCUGGAGAUGAUGGAAAUAAGACCCCUAACCCUGCCAACAGAUACCAGUUUGAUAAAGUUGGCAUUGUUUCCCUGAGUGAUUACAUUUCAGAAGUGGGGCACCCCUACCUAUGGGUACAGGCAAUGGGUGGUAUCCAUUUCCCUACAGACCUUCCCCAGCCAUCGAUCAUAGCGGACAAUGCUCUCAGUGCCAGCCAUAUGGAGAAGACAAUUAAUCUACUGAGGUGCAGAGUGCAAUCCCGCUUGUCUCUGCAUCGGCAGUUCGCAUCUUUGGAGCAUGGCAGCAUUCCAGUAUCGGUUGAGUGCCAGCACCUGUUUCCAGCAAAGGUGGUGUCUCAUCUGACAAAGUGGCAUACCAUCACAUAUGAUGAUUACUUGGCGCUGCCUUACACAGCUGAUGUCAUCGAGUGUGGAUUAGCAGAGGAUAUGUACCAAUACUACUCCUUAAUGAUUGAGCGAGGAACAGCCAAAAUGGAGGCUGUAGUUGUUUUGAACCCUGGUUACUGUGCCGUCCCUCCACUUUUCAGACUUUGUCUGCACUGGAAGGGUGAUCGUAGCUCCAGCAAUGAUGAAAAUAUUCGGGCCAUGGAGAGUGAGGUUAAUGUUUUCUACAAAGAGCUGUGUGGUCCUUCUCCAGGCUACCAGCUCUUAACCAAUCAGAUGCAAAGAUUAUGCAUGCUUCUUGAUGUUUAUUUGGAGACUGAGCGCCAUGAUAAUAGUGUGGAAGGACCCCAUGAGUUUCCCCCUGAGAAGAUCUGUCUGCGCUUGGUGAGGGGACCAAAUCGUAUAAAGCCAUUCAAGUUUAACUACCCGCAAGGAUUCUUCAGUCAUCGCUGAAGUCUUGAUUCGUUUGCGUUUUCUCCAGAAUUGUACAGGAUAGGUCUUUUUUUUUUCCUGUAAUGCAAUACAUUAUAAAUACCUUCCCAAAGUGUUUAUAGAAUAAAAUGUUUUUCGAAGAAUGA